CCCGCGCAAAACAACAUCACCACUUCCCAUCUCUUCAGACUUUGCGAUAAUUAAAGCACUGCGCCGUUGCUGCAAAAUAACCCCUCUUUUGCUUGUUGCGGUCGUCUUGCUUCCCUUCUUUCCUUUUUUUCUUCAUCUCUGUGCCUUGUUCGCUUGGCUGUGUGACUCUCGUGGGGUAUUUGGAACUUGCUCGUUUCGUACCACGUCAUCAUAUCAGUCCUUUAGCUGCAAAGCAUAAUGUUAGCUUGGAGACAUUCCACCUGUCUAAUCAAUUCAUCUCGUCUCAUCUAAGCAACAUCUAAAACACAAAACCCUACACACCCAAAUACAACAUGUCUUUCUUCGGCUUCGACACGAGCGGCCAUAACAAGGCCGCUCCCGGCUUCUCCCAAUCCCACGAUCCAUUUGCCGGCCUCUCGGGCAACGAUAUCGACGAUGCUCUCGACUUCGAGGAUACCUACGACGGUCUUGGCGAUCAGCUCGAAGAAACUGGCGAUGACUUCAACGAUGACACCUUUGGUGGCAGUGCCGUGCCAGCUGUGGCCAACCGCGGCGGCAAGGACUUUGACUUCUUCGGCCAGACAGCCCAGGUUGCCGAUGCUAUUGAAGAGGAACACUUGCGUUACAACAUGCAGGCUCCUACUCGCGCCGCGGCUCCCCAGGACUAUUCGCAGCAGUAUGCCACCCAGGACCCAUACUACGGCAUGCAGCGUCCUGCUCGAACCGGUUACGAAAAGUACACGGCAGAUGAGCCCGUUCCUGAGCUCAACGUGGACCAGAGCAUUUGGGGUAUCGCGCCACCCAAGGCCGCUGCUCAACCUGCUCAACCUGCUGCCCAACCCAGCCGUAAGAUCAUGAGCUUGGAAGAAGUCGAAGCGUCCAUGCGCUCUCAACCCAAGCCGGCUCCCUCUACGGCUCCCGAGGUUGUCUACCCUCAGCAGGACUACCAGGCCGCCCAAGCCCAGUACCAGCACCACCAACAGCAGCAAUAUCAACAACAUCAGCAGCAGCAGCAGCAGCAGCAGCAGCCAACCCAAAUCCUCCAGCGCCCUCAGCAGCAGAUACAGCAGCAUCAGGUUCCCCAGCAGCAUCUCCAGCAACAGCAGCAGCAGCAGCAGCCGAUACAUCCUACCCAGAUCCUCCAGAACCCUAACCGCAUCCCUACUGGUCCUGGUCACCAGCACCACCGGUCUCAAGCCUCUCUGGGGGCUCUUCCCCAGAUGCAGUCUCACCCCCAUUUGGCGGGCAUGUCUGAAGAGGAAAAGGCUGCCUUUUUGGACCAAGAGGCCAAGCGCGCCAAGCGCAACCACAAGAUCUGGCUCCUUUCCAAGGAUAACGGUGUCAUGACCCCGCAGGACAAGAACUUCAUCACCCGAAUCCAGCUUCAGCAGCUUGUUGCCGCCACCGGCAACCCCGUUGAACAGGGUGCCGAUGCCUCCAUUGCUGAGGACUUUUACUACCAGGUGUACAGCCACAUCCGCGCCGGCCAGCGCCAGAACCCCAGCCAGCCGCUUAGCACAUUUGCCCAGACAUACCUCUUCCAGACCGGUAGCCGUCACAACAUGCGCCGCCAUGGUCGCCCUGCUGAGAACCAUAUGCAGCGCAUGGAGCAACAGGUCCAGCGUGCUGUUGAAGCUGCCAAGAACAAGCCCAAGAACCCACAGUUGGUGAUUGCUGGCAGCUUGGGCAAGAUUUCCUUCUCCAACGCCAAGACCCCCAAGCCUCUUCUCAACAUCAAGCGCGCCGAGUCUGAGACCCCCAAGCCCGCCAACGGCAAGAAGGGUGCGGAUGCUGCAGGCAUUGACCGCAAAACCAUCCUUCGCAACGUCGAGCGUGUCUAUGACACCCUCAUGAAGAUUGAGGACCACGUCCGCCAGAUCCCUCCUCCUCCCAACCCUGCCGACCAGGAGCUUGAGGAGCGCCAUCGUGAAUGGGGCGCCAUUCUCGAAGCCCUCAACGCUAAGCUCUGGGACGAGCUCAAGGUUCACGAGCCCAUUGGUGCCACUGCCCAGCACCCCUUUAUUGCUUUCCUGUCCUGCGCCAAGGGCAAGAAGGCCAUUCCUCGCAUCUUCCCCCACCUCAGCUUCGAGCAGCGCACCACCAUUCUGACCAUGAUUGUGUACCACCUCGACCAGCUCGACGUUGUGCAGGGUGCUGCUGUUGAUAGCGACGGCACCACUCUCAACGCCAACAUGCGCGAGAACAUUGAACUCUUCAUUUCCACCGUCAUGCCCUCGCUGAUGCAGUACCUCAACGAGACCGGAAUUGACAUUGUGGACGGCAUCCUGCACUUGAUUGCCACCAAGCUCAACAUUGACCUCAUUGCCCGCACUCGCAUCGGUGUCUCCAUGCUUACCCUCAUUCUCAGCCGCACCGUGCUGCUCAAGCAGACGGACGCCGGCAGCGCCGAGCAGUGGGAGAAGUGGGAUCAGACUUUCGAGACCUUGUUUGUCCGCGUCGAGCCCAGCCUGCCCUACAUGUUCCCCGGCAGCGUCAACGCCGGCAUCGACGUGUACGUCUGGCAGUUCCUUGCGGCAAUGGGUGUUAGCGCCAACCACGACCAGCAGACUCGCCUGGUUCUCGCCGUCAAGGACCGCGUGCUUGAUACCGUCACGCUCUCCAAGACCCUUCCUCCCGCCAUGGCCGCCGAGCGCCUCAGCAGCGUCAACCUGUUUAUGCGCGCCAUUGGCCUCGACGUCGAGCUUCUCCAGUAGAAGACCUCGUAUCGUCUUGAUUUAGAGUUUUUGACAUUUCUUGCUCUUGCAUUUCUAGUUUCUGCUGUUUUUUUUUCAGUCUUUGUCUUUUGUCGGGGCCUUUGAUACGAUGGGAAGAAUGACGACUACAGCCUCCUUGUGAGGACGUUUACAUCUCGCACGACACAUGUUUUCUGCUUUUUCUUGUUUUUCGAAUUAGUGCAAUUUGCUUUUCAUCUCCAAAAAUAACAACAGGCGAGGUCUGUAUCAACCUCACAUACAGGUCGCUAUUUUUUAACAACGCGAACCUCAAGGAACAUUACGUUCCUUGCCCAGCUACGCCGACGAGAUUUUUAACUGCUCGGCAGCGGGACAAUUACCGAUCUAUAGGACAGGCCAUUAGCUGUGGGAAGCUAGCCUUAUCAUGGACGGGCACUAUGCUUUCUAGGUAUAUAUGCAUAUCUGGAGGCGCCACCAAAAAAUCAUAUGUACGGGGAUGGUCUCUUUCAUUGCUUUGGGUCGGCAUCGAAAAGGGCCAUGGGUUCGGAUAGAUAGACAGAUGGGGUAUUAUAUUAUCAUUUCAUGUUGAUGUAAAUACAACUAAUAGAAGCUGA